AUGUCAAAGAACUUGAGAAAAUCAUUGAGUUCAUCAGCACCGCGAGCAUGUAUCAACUGCCAAAAGAGAAAAACUCGAUGUUUCCGAGCAGGAUCCGAAACCGAUCCUUGUUCCUACUGUGCUAGGAAAGGAAAGACAUGCAGCUUCGAGAGUCCGCCAGAUCGGACUCCGUUGACCAGAAGAAACCUAGAUGCAUCUGAAAGUCGGUGCGCUCAGCUCCGAUCACUGUUGCGCUCACUAAAACCGGAUUUUGACAUCGAAGCUGCUUUGGAAAAGCUAAGCCCCGAGGAAGAAGUUACACGCUCGCCCACUUUGAGUGACAACAUAGAAAUCGCUCACGAUAGCUACGAGUGGCACGAAGGGUCCUUGUCUCCAGAAGACGCGUUUCCAGAUCAAGAUAACGCCAUUACCAGAGAUGGGAUGGCCACCCUUUCGACAAACGAUUCGGGCUAUUUGGGCAGUAGCUCAGGGUCACGAAUCUUGGAAGAGAUAGACCCCACAAUCGUAAAUGUGGCAAGGCAAAGAGGACGACGCAAGUCUCAUCGAAGACUUUACCGAUCAGGACUUCCACCGCUGGAUCUACCUAGUUUGACUGUCUCACAAACUACGAGCCACCUGAUCGAUGCUUAUUUCUUACUCUAUAACAGCCACUUUCCCGUUUUGCACGAGAAGACCUUCCGCGAUAGGGUUGCAGCAAACCAGCAACAAGCAUCACAUUUCUCUCCGUGGAAAGUCACAUACUACAUGGUUCUUGCCAUUGGUCACUGGGCUUCGAGCAAAGAGUCAGACCAUCUAGAAUCGAACUAUUACUCGGCUGCAAGAUCCAGUCUCUCAUUGCAGAUGCUUGAAUCCGGAACCGUGGAAACGGUGCAAGCAUUCUUGCUCAUGGGCAAUUAUCUUCAAAAGAGGGAUCGGACAAAUACAGGCUACAAUUUCAUUGGUCUUGCGUAUAGAAUGGCCAUCGGACUUGGAUUGCAUCGAGAGCCUACCGGGACUGAAGAUACUAUUGGGCAUGAAAGGCGACGGCAGCUUUUCUGGACCAUAUAUUGUUUUGAGAGCGGGUUCAACAUUACAACUGGUCGUCCACCUACAAUUGUGGAUGGCUUCAUAGACAUUCGACUUCCGCGGAACGUUGACGACAAGGUCCCGACAAAUGUUGACUAUCCAACAACAUAUUCCGCAAUAAUUGCCCAUGCUCAGCUAGCCAAACUCGGCGAUGCCAUAUAUCAUGAAUUCCUUCUAGCAAAAACUGCUGGGUCUCGAAUCGAAUAUAGACUGGCUGAAUCUAUGGAACGGGAUCUCUUACGCUGGUGCAAGAGUUUACCGAGCUAUUUCACCGCGACCGACGUUCCCUCUUGGUUUCGGGGCCCAAGGGCAGUGGUUCUCUGGAAGAAACAAAACCUCCGAAUCUUACUCUGGCGUGGUAGUCAAACACACCACAGCUUCCUUUCAAUAAAGGUGAAUGCAGAUGAAAAGUGCCUGAAUAUUGCCAUGGAUAGUAUCCACGACAUUGCUACCUUUUGCACCAUGUAUGAAAGCGACAUGCACCAAAGCCUCACUUGGUACGCGACAUAUUUCCUACUGCAGGCCACGUUAGUCCUUGUGGCUGGAUACCUUGACAACAAUUCCCACACUCAGCCGGAGCCUUCGGAGCUGCAUCACUCAGUCUUUCAAUCUCGAAAUUGUCUCAGAAUGCUAGCUGCUGAUAACAAGUCUGCGGCUCGCUAUUUGGAAAUGCUUGAUGUUAUUUGCAGCCAAGUCCCAUCUCCAGCUCCAGAUUUGGAGUUAGAUCAAUAUGCCUACGGUCUUUCCGAUAUGCCGGUCGGUGGCGGGUUCGGUGCCCCAGUGGGCGAUAUUCCUGGUAAUGCGUCGAACUUUGCUGGUCUACCGAGUGAGAACGAUUUUAUGAUCCCCGAUGAAAAUCUGUUCGCGUUGAAUGAUGAUAGCACCGCUGAUCCAAACCUGCGCAUGCUUAUCAAUCAAGUUUCUCAAGAUUUUACUGGAAGCAUGCCUCUGGAUCUGCUUUUUAACGACUGGAUGAACAGCUCCGCAUAA